ACGUCAGCUGCGUGCAGUUCGUUGGGGUGGGUUGGCGGAAUUUUUAAAUUCUCAGACGUGAGGCUUGAAAAAACAACAGGAGGUGUAUACUAAUAAAGUGGUCAAGGAGUGAGAAGAUGAGUCGUGCUUCCAGCAGUCGGCAGUCACUGCUGCCAUUGAGGGUGGCUGACAAUGCCAGAAUGAGUCUGGCAACCCCACAGCCUAAAGAGCGCCCUGGGUUAGGAAAGUUGAGUAUUGCAAAGCCCCAGUCGGGAACCUCUGAGCGAAGAACAAGCUUUUUUGGAAAAAGGACGAGUGGUGCUGGUAUGUUUCGCAACAGUGCAUUUGGGACUUUUGGAGGCACGGAGAAAAUGAAAGAUCCUCGUCCCCUUCAUGACAAAGCAUACGUCCAGCAGUGCAUAAAACAGCUUAGUGAGUUUCUGUCAGACAAUGGGUUUCCCAACACUGUGACAAUGAAGUCCCUCCAGUCUCCAUCCACCAAGGAGUUUUUGAGAAUCUUCUCCUUCAUCUGCAGCUUCUUGGAUCCCACAUUCGACGUACCAACAUCCAAAAUUGAGGAAGAGAUUCCUAAAAUUCUUCGAGAGCUGGGGUACCCUUUUGCCAUCUCAAAAAGCUCCAUGUAUUCUGUUGGAGCACCACACACUUGGCCACAAAUACUGGGGGCACUGAUGUGGUUAAUAGACGUUGUAAAGCUUUCCAAUAACAUGAAGAGUCACAAUUUGCUGUUCUCUGGAUUCCCUGAAUGUGGCACAGAGAUAGAGGAUGGUGCUGAAUUUACAAAGAUUUUUGUUGAGUAUGUUUCAAAGGCCUAUAAUCGUUUCAUGCAAGGUGCCGACACAUUUGAAGAGGAAGAUAAAGAGUAUCUUUGUAAAUUAAAAAAACUAUACAAUUUUGAUGAAGCCCAUAUGGAAACACUGUCUUUUAAACACAAAGUGCUGACAGAAGAGGUUGAAAGACUUGAAAAGGAAACUCACCAGGAUAGAAUAAUGGCAAAACAAGCAGAAAAGAUAAAAGCGCAGACAGACCUGCAGAAAAUUCAGAAUUAUCUAAGUAACCUUGAGACCUUUAAAACCAACCUGGAGCAGUCAAUAUCUGCUUUGUCUAAUGAAAUAGAGGGAGAAGAGUUGCAGGUGGGAACAUUAAAAAAGGAGCAAUCAAGGCUGCAGCACAAACUCGAAAACCAGAAAUUUUCUCAAGCCGAUAUCGAGAGAAUCAACCUGGAAAGAAAUGAACUGCAGCAGACGAUUGCUACCCUGACUAAAAGUCUUGAAGAAGCUGAGCACCAUAUGUGGAAUGAGGAAAUCGCACUGGCAAAGGCUAAGGAAUCUUUGGAUACAGAACUGGCAGAAUAUCACAGACUUGCCAGAAAGCUACAGCUGAUCCCAUCAUCUGCUGAAAACGCCUGUGGCCGGGACUUCGAAAUCAGGAUUUCCCCUGACGCUGGACCAUCGAAUAUUGCUCAGUAUAAAGCUCAGAUUCAUAUUCCCUUGAUGAAUUUGAUUUCUGAAACGGAAGAGGAGAAUCGCACACUCUCAAAUCAGAAAUUAAGCCUCCAGGAGACACUGGAACAGGUGAAUUCCAAUAUAGCGGAUAAAAUGAACGAUACGAAGCUGCUGAAAGAGCAGAUACGAAAGCUAGAGGGAGAGAUGGAACAGGAACUGCAGGAGAUGGAGCGUGAAGAGCAGAAGUGGGCUUCUGAGCUAGAAUCGAUGGAAAGUAACAAAAAGCUUCUGGAGAAGAGAGUGACUGAAGGUUAUGAUGAAGCUGUGGAACAACUGAAAGCAGCCCAGCAGCAGUAUCACCUAGUAUUGCAGGAGACCAAAGAACAGUCCAGGACAGUUGCCAGGAACCUUAGUGAUGUUUUUGAUACUGCAACCAACCACUUGUCCAUUUUGGAGAAAGCUAUUCAAGAGCACCACAAAAGGAUUGACCAAGACUACAGAGCAACACUCCAAGAUGAUGAGCUAAAGGACAUUAGGGAGAUGAUAGAAAAGUACCACGAAAAAGCAAAUUAUAAAUAACUGUAUUUUAUUAAAUACUGUGACCCUGUAAAUUUUCCUUCUGGCAGUUUUAUUUUAGUAUUCUGUUACUUAAAGGAGGAAAUUUGUUUUGUAUUCUGAGAGUUAUUUAAAAUGCAAUAUUUGUUUAAAAUCAUGUGUUGCAUUUUAUAGUGCCCAUCAGUGUAAUUAUUAAGAUCAGUUGUUAGGACCUAAUUGUUUUUCAAAAGCAUAAUUUUAAAAUUAUAUUUGGCUUCUACGUUUUAUACCGUUGGAAUUUAUUUCUACAGCUGUUGAAUAUUUGAAAAGCAUGCAGUUAUCUUGUAACCUUAACACGGUGUUAUAAAAUGCUUAAUAGGGAUUCUUAGGAGUAUCUUGUACAAAUUCAGUAGAACUGUUUUGUUGCAUUGUUUAAUAGUGAAUAAAGUGAAUAGCUGUUCUGUUCAA